CCAUGUUUCACGGAAAGCAUACGCGUCACUAAACCUCGUCCCCAUUCGCGAUCUGCGAGGCUGGGCUCGCCUCGUCACGGACGGUCACAGGGGGAUGCGUGCUGUUUAAUGAAACGGGCUCCACCGAAACAACGCGACGACUCGAUGCACGCUCUCGACCCCGGCGCGUGAGCCUCAGGCGAAAGCUUGAAUGGAUCGGGGGUUUUCGUGGGGGCUGGUGAGGUGCGAUGGUAUAUAAGGCUGGGCAGGCACAGGGAGGGAGGGUACAGCUCAGCAAGACAUUCUCUUCGUUUACUUUCACCGACUUCUCAGUCACUGUCUUUCUUUCAGAGUACACUGUGUGUCUCGCUCAUUUCAGCACAUCUGCAUCUAUCUGCAUCCCAGAAUUUCCAGUCCUCCAACCCUUUUCGCCGUCCGCAUUCACUGCAUCCAUUCUUGUCACCCAAGUCAAAAUGAAGUUCACCGCCCUCACCGCAGCCUUCAUCAUCGCUUUCGCCUCCGCCCAGGAGUCUGGCUCCGCCCGCCCUCAAUUCAGCGGCGUCCCCAGCUUUUCCGGCGAACACAGCUUCGCUGCUCGCCCGACGGGAGCUUUCCCGUCUGGUGCUUCAGGCUUCGCCAGCCCGUCUGGCCACCACGGCCAUCCUCACCACAGGCCCAGUGGCGCUUCAGGCUUCGCUCACCCCUCUGGGGCCCGGCCCACAGACCUGCCUGCAUUCUCGGGCUUCCCAUCUGCGGCCGGACCUUCUGGAGCUGCGCCUACCGAUGCUGGGCUCCAGCGUCGUCAAGAGAGCUCUGGACUUCCUUCGUUCCCCAGCGGUCUGCCAAGUGUCCUGCCCAGCGGCCUUCCCAGCGGCCUUCCCAGCGGCUUUCCUAGCGGAUCUGGUGGCGUAGCGCCGACGGGGCUCCCCUCGUUCCCGUCAGGCUUCGCUCACGGCAGCGGUCGUCCUCAACCUACUGGCCCUCCGCCUUCAGGAUUCCCGUCAGGUUCGGGUUUCCCCCGCCCUACGGGCAGCUUCAGCGGCGUCGCUCCGUCCGCCGCGCCGUCUUUUGCGGCUCAAGCGGCCGACGCCAGCGGUGUCCAGGGUGGUGAGCGACCCACGGGCACUCUGCCAUCAGGCGUUGCCCACGGCAGCGGUCGUCCUCACCACAGUGGCGGAUUCUCUGGCUCUGCGCGGCCUACCGGCGGCUUCGGCGGACACGGCCAACACUCUGGUGCUCCCGGCGCCGGACCUACUGCUGCUCCCUCAUUCAGUGGCUCUAUCGCCGCGCCCAGCGGAUUCCAGACGCUCCGCCGCGUUUAAGAUGACGAGUGUGGAGGCAUGAUACGAGCAUGUUGUAGAGAGGAUUGUUACUGGGGUGAAAAACGUGGUGAUUGUGGAUAGAGCUGGAUCUUCUGUUGUACAUAUACUUUCUUACACUCUUUAUAGCGCGAGCGCGACACUUUCAUCAAUGGAGCUGAU